AAAUCUCAGGUAAUUCAAAUUAAUCUCUCUUUUAUAUUUCAUGGCUGACUUUUUUUUUUGGGUUUAUGCGUGAAAUAUUUGUUUUUUCUCAAUUAUAUUUUUCUGAUGUUUUAUGAUUAGUGUUAAAUGUGAUCGUUUGAAGCAUAAUGCAUUCUCAGAACACACUUCCAUGAUAAACACUUCUAUGUAAAUUGUGUCAAUUAUGUUAGUGAUUUUGCAUCUGAGUAUUUUGACUGAUGUUCCAAGAGAGAAAGCGUAUCAUCUCAAACCGAGAUUGUUGGGAAAGGUAAUUGGUUUAUAGAUGUAAUUGGAUAAUUGACAUCUAAAGAAUACAUUUUAUUAGAUAGUACCAAGCAGUCUUUUUAAACUUUUUGAACUCUAACUUUUUAAACUAAUAGAAUAAUCAUGCUUAACCUAUAAGCAGUUCAAAGAGUUAUAUAUCUAAAGGAUACACUUUAUCAGAUAUAAAUGAUACGUUUUAUUAGAUAGUAUCAAGCAGUCCUUUUAAACUCAAACAAUGCCAUGUUCUGAGUUGUACACAUUGUAUUGACCUUUUUUUUCCUUGCGGUGUGUAUUCAGAUAGCAGUAGUGAAGUGCAAAUAUGAAGUAAUAUCAAAAGCAGAGAUAAUCACAUGGGCCUCUCUUGAACAUGGCAAACAACAAGCAGUUUUGCCAGACCCGAAUUUCUUAAACAGGUUUUCUACUUUCUUUUUUCUUUUUAUUUAGUUUCAUCUGAUGAAAAGUUUGAAUCACAGACUCUUGACAUUUUAAAAUUUAUAUUAUUUGUUUGUGUAAUGGUGCAGAGGUUUCAAUGAGACCAGCUUAUCGUUCUUCCAAGAAAAUAUUGGUGAAUGACAAAUUUGAAGCUGAAGUGAAGAAGAAUAGAAGGAUGAUAAGCUUGAAGGAGACGCUGCUUUGAACAAGUUCUUCCGUGAGAUAUAUUUGAAUUCUGAUGAGGAUAUGAGAAGUGCUAGAAUAAAUCAUUUGUGAGUAUCUAUCUAUCUAUAUUCCUAUUUAGUCUUUUUUCUCAUGGAAAUUACAAUGUUUUGACAUUUUGAUUGACUCUUUUGCAGCUUUGCACAAUCAACAGGUGGAACCUAUAUUAGUUAAGUUUGGAAAUUGCAGUUUUUUUUAAAAAAUAUCAUUGGUUUAGUAGUUUACUGUUAUUUCCUUUUAUCAACUUGGUGCGUGGUACGGUCUUGGUCUUGAUGAUAGAAGUGACCGUGGACUGGGACUCUGGCAGUCAUGGCUUGGCGGCUGCGGUGCACUAAACAUGUGCUUAUGUGACACGAGAUAAAGGAGUUGUGCUGAAAAAAUAGCAUGUUAUAUUGAAAAAUAAGUAAAAUGGGAUUUGUUUAGAAAAAAAUAGCAUGGAAUUUAGGGAAACCCCUAUACUGAUCAUCUCACUCGUACAUGUAUAUAUUGAUUGCAAUGCAUCUAAAAUCAAAAUAUUAUAAAUUAAGAAAAAUAUUAAAGUUAUGUAUAAUGCAAGUUGUGUCAGUUACUGACAAUUGUAUAUUUAAUUUUAAUAAUAUUGAAAAUCAAUUUUGAACUUUCAACUUGGCAAAACUAAACGACAACCGCUUUAGUUGAAUAUAAAUGAAGGUAAAAUAUCAAGUGGGGUUUGGUCUUUUGCUAACCUUCCAGAAGUUGAAAUUCUUUUUUUUGAUGAAAACUUCGUCCGAUUUUUUGUUUGGGAUGGAUGAAGAAGUUCCCAAAGGAAGAGAUGUAUUUAGGAACUUUUUCACUUAUUAAUUAGCCUACGUUGCUCAAAUUCCAACAGACUUAAACCGUAGUGGACUUCGAGAAUUCCACCAGAAUAAGGACGUAACCUAUGGUAGAUACAUCUAAGAUAAAUAAAUAAUAUUUGUUACUUAUGUGUUCUUUUUAUUUGAGUUCCUCGAGUUAUUUUCAUCCGAACUUACAACAUAAAGCAAAAUAAUUCUAAGAAAUAUUUAAAUUGAAUUUCAAAUAUCUCAACCAAAAGAAAAAAUAAUUAUUAUGAUUUGACAUGUCAGCCAGUUAGAUCGUGCAUUUUUUUUUAGGUCAUUGUCGUUUUCCUUCGGAUUUUCAGAUUUAUGCGGUUUGAAAACUCACAGGACCACUUGGUUUACCGAUCUGACAAGAUUUUACGAUAGCAGUCUAACUCGUACUCUCUUCUUUGAAAAUUUUAAAAUUUACAGUAUAUAAGAUAUUCCAACAAUAAUAAUUAUAUAUAUGGGUUUCGUGAGAUAAUCAAAAAGGAGCUUUAUGAUGCACGUGAAUUCUUUAUAUAAAGAAUCUUCACGUAAGGCAAACUUAAUAUCGUUUUUGAGAAGAACAAAAGUCAACGUGAGGUACUCACGCGACAACCACGAAUACGAUCAGAAAACAAUCCGUUCAACAGAGGGAAUUUCGGCGACGUCAAUCCAUGAUCUAAUUUCAGAGACAAGAUAUUUAUAUUGCUGCACAAUCUUAAAUCAUUCGUUUCAAAGUCUUGCUGCAAAAAUAUACAGGUUAGGAGACCUCACAGAAUCAAACAAGCUAUCAAAUCAAUAUACUGAGAUGGAAAUCUUGGUAGUUCCUUGUCAAGAAAUUCAAAUCAAAAUUGAUUACCCAAUAUCCAGAAAGAAAAAGAGAUAUACUAACCUCGCUGAUGCCGAGCCCAUUGUCCUGAUGUCUGUUUUAAGUAGUCUCCACGCUGGAUAUUUCAGAAUAAGCCUUUCUCUUUGUAGCCAAGCUUUAUUGUGGAAGACAAUGGUCCAUUUGCAUAGCGAUCUCCCGUCUAUGGCGUUUCACCUCCUGUGGUAUCUAGCACUUGCAACACACGUGUCACUCUGUUUUCUGUAUGCUUUCAAGUGCAUUUUCUUCUUUGACUUGGUGAAGGAAGAGUUCUCGCAUUACAUUGGAGUGAACUAUCUUUAUGCUCCUUCCAUUUCAUGCCUUCUCUUGCUUCAAUCAGCUCCUCUGUUGGAACCACACAGCGUUUUGUACCAGACGUUAUUUUGGCUGUUUGCUGCUCCGAUCUUGACCCUCGACACAAAGCUUUACGGCCAAUGGUUCACAACAGAAAAAAGGUUUUUGUCGAUAAUGGCAAACCCGGCGAGCCAAGUUUCAGUGAUAGCAAACCUAGUGGCUGCAAGAGGAGCAGCGGAGAUGGGCUGGAGAGAGUGUGCUCUAUGUUUGUUCUCGCUCGGGAUGGUUCACUACUUAGUUAUCUUUGUCACACUUUAUCAACGCCUACCAGGCGGAAACAACUUCCCAACCACUCUGAGGCCAGUUUUCUUCUUGUUCUUUGCUGCACCAGCCACGGGAAGUCUAGCUUGGAACCACAUUUCUGGAACCUUUGAUACAGUAGCAAAGAUGUUAUUCUUCCUGUCGCUCUUCAUCUUUGUAUCCCUGGUAUGUAGGCCAACUCUUUUGAAGAAGUCGAUAAAAAGAUUCAAUGUUGCAUGGUGGGCUUACUCGUUCCCAAUCACUUUUCUUGCUUUAGACUCGGUUCAGUAUGCAGAAGAGGUGAAACACCACGUCGCUUCUGCUUUGAUGUUUAUCUUCUGCUCCAUCUCAGUGUUGAUCUUCCUUGGUGUAAUGUUACUGACAGCAGCGAACAGCAAAAGACUGCUCAGACGUGAUCCUGUCCUCUGGUCUGCUACUGGUCCAAAGACAGAUAAAAAAUCGCUGUCGGCCAAUGCGAACUGGUAAACCAAAUACUUCGGAUAGAAAUAAAACCUAGCUGCGUCAGAAUUAUAAAUAGUCAGAAAGUUUAUUUAUUAAAAAAGAAGAAGAAAAUAGUCUACAAAUUUUCCUCCCAAGUUUCAUGAAACCAAUGUUCUCUCUCUCUUUGUUUCACUUUUUCUCGAAUUCAUCAUGAUUGAUGACCUCUAUUGUAAACAAAAACAAAAAAGCAAAAAACACAAAAUGGUAAUAUAUAUAUAUAUAUAUAUAUAAUUUGUGUGAAAUUAAAAAUAU